AUGCCCCGCCCAAAACGAAAUCUCCUCGCAACCGUUGAAGACACGCUCACACCUUUGGAUGCGCUCUCUGAAGGCCAAGCCAUCGCUCGAGUCACAAAAGCUGCCGGGAACAACCUCUACAGUGCGGACUUGCCUUCGGGAAAGCCGGUGCUGGUGGAGCUGGAAGCAAAGUUUCGCAGCACGAUAUGGAUAAAACGCGGAAGCUAUGUAGUUAUAGAUAUGAAGGGGCUUGCGGAUCGAGAUAACAAGCUGGAUGGCGAGAUUGUGAAUGUGGUGAGAGACGAAAAGCAAUGGAGGAAGAUGAGCUACUGGCCUAAGGAAUUCGCUAAGAAAUCGGCGUACCCUGGGGAUAGCGAUGAGGAGGAGUCGACGGUUGGGAAGAUGCCGCCGGUGGAAUCGGAUGAGGAGUGA